AUGCAAGUCAACAAAAUAAAGAAAAAUGAAGAUGCUAAGAAAAGACUGUCUGUUGAAAGAAUCUAUCAAAAGAAAACACAGUUGGAGCAUAUUUUGCUCCGCCCGGACACUUACAUUGGCUCUGUGGAAUUAGUGACCCAGCAAAUGUGGGUUUACGAUGAAGGUGUUGGCAUUAACUAUAGGGAAGUCACUUUUGUUCCUGGUUUGUACAAAAUCUUUGAUGAGAUUCUAGUUAAUGCUGCGGACAACAAACAAAGGGACCCAAAAAUGUCUUGUAUUAGAGUCACAAUCGAUCCGGAAAACAAUUUAAUUAGUAUAUGGAAUAAUGGAAAAGGUAUUCCUGUUGUUGAACACAAAGUUGAAAAGAUGUAUGUCCCAGCUCUCAUAUUUGGACAGCUCCUAACUUCUAGUAACUAUGAUGAUGAUGAAAAGAAAGUGACAGGUGGUCGAAAUGGCUAUGGAGCCAAAUUGUGUAACAUAUUCAGUACCAAAUUUACUGUGGAAACAGCCUGUAGAGAAUACAAGAAAAUGUUCAAACAGACAUGGAUGGAUAAUAUGGGGAGAGCUGGUGAGAUGGAACUCAAGCCCUUUAAUGGAGAAGAUUAUACAUGUAUCACCUUUCAGCCUGAUUUGUCUAAGUUUAAAAUACAAAGCCUAGACAAAGAUAUUGUUGCACUAAUGGUCAGAAGAGCAUAUGAUAUUGCUGGAUCCACCGAAGAUGUCAAAGUCUUUCUUAAUGGAAAUAAACUGCCAGUAAAAGGAUUUCGUAGUUAUGUGGACAUGUAUUUGAAGGACAAGUUGGAUGAAACUGGUAACCCACUGAAAGUAGUACAUGAACAAGUAAACCACAGGUGGGAAGUGUGUUUAACAAUGAGUGAAAAAGGUUUUCAGCAAAUUAGCUUUGUCAACAGCAUUGCUACUUCCAAGGGUGGCAGACAUGUUGAUUAUGUAGCUGAUCAGAUUGUGACUAAACUUGUUGAUGUUGUGAAGAAGAACAAGGGUGGUGUUGCAGUAAAAGCACAUCAGGUGAAAAAUCACAUAUGGAUAUUUGUAAAUGCCUUAAUUGAAAACCCAACCUUUGACUCUCAGACAAAAGAAAAUAUGACUUUACAGCCAAAGAGCUUUGGAUCAACAUGCCAUUUAAGUGAAAAAUUUAUCAAAGCUGCAAUUGGCUGUGGUAUUGUAGAAAGCAUACUAAACUGGGUGAAGUUUAAGGCCCAAGUCCAGUUAAACAAGAAAUGUUCAGCUGUAAAACAUAACAGAAUCAAGGGAAUUCCCAAACUUGAUGAUGCCAAUGAUGCAGGGGGCCGAAACUCCACUGAGUGUACGCUUAUCCUGACUGAGGGAGACUCAGCGAAAACUUUGGCUGUUUCAGGCCUUGGUGUGGUUGGGAGAGACAGAUAUGGGGUUUUCCCUCUUAGAGGAAAAAUACUCAAUGUUUGAGAAGCUUCUCAUAAGCAGAUCAUGGAAAAUGCUGAGAUUAACAAUAUCAUCAAGAUUGUGGGUCUCCAGUACAAGAAGAACUAUGAAGAUGAAGAUUCAUUGAAGACUCUUCGUUAUG